CGUGCGGCGCUAGGGUUUGUGUGGUGUGUGUGCAACAAUCUCAUGCAGUUUCAAACAUGUUUCUACCGGAGAGAGGGAUCGCCAACAGGAAAACACCAACCUGGGUCUCUGCAAAACUCGAGUCGCUCGCUGACCCAGCUGUAGGUAAGGCCACCACGGCUCGCUACAAAUCUCCACAUACACCUGUAGCUGGUGAUGAACCGGUGAGUUUAGGGAGGCUGAUAUACCGCGUGAGAGACUCAGCUGAGAGCAGAUCCCUUUCUUUGGGAAAACAAGCCCAUGAAGCUGUGCUCAAGAGUGAUGAGCACAAAAGCAACAUCUACUUGUUGACGGGAUUGAUCGAUAUGUACUGCAAGUGUGGCGAGCUUGAGGAGGCUCGCAAGAUUUUCGACUCCAUGGGAACCCGGAGUGUUGUGUCCUACAACGCGCAUUCAAUGCUGAGCAAGGAGAAGAAACAGCUAGAUCUGUUCGUGGCGACUUGCCUGGUAGACAUGUACUGCAAGUGUGGCGAGCUUGAGCGCAUCGGGAUGGAGAUCCAUUCAAUGCUGAGCAAGGAGAAGAAACAGCUAGAUCUAUUCGUGGCGAAUUGCCUGGUAGACAUGUAUUGCAAGUGUGGCGAGCUUGAGGAGGCUCGCAAGAUUUUCAACUCCAUGGGAACUCGGAGUGUUGUGUCCUACACUGCGAUCAUCCAGGGCUGCAACACGAACGGGCAAGCUGAACUUGCUCUGGAGUAUUACUCUGCCCUGAGAGCUGAUAACACCGUUCAAGCUGAUGCUUGCACCUACACCUGUGUCCUUGUUGCUUGCGGGAGUGUGAUGGCGAUCAAGCUCGGGAGGGAGAUUCACCAGCUGGCGAAGCAUAAAGGGCUGCUGAAAAACAAUCCAGUUCUGGGCUCCAGCCUGGUGAGCUUCUACGGCAAAUGUGGCGAUGUUGAUUCUGCUCAGGAAGCGUUUGACGAGUGCCGAGCUCGGGACGACACGGGUCUCUGGAACUCUCUCAUACAGGCUUACACUCUCCAGGGCCGAUCGAUCGAGGCCUUGGAGCGUUUCUAUUCCAUGACUCAGGAGGAGGGCUGUAAAGCUGACGAUGUGAGUUUUGUUUCGGUGUUGAACGCUUGCAGCCAUGGUGGUCUGGUCGGGAAAGGAAGGCAGCUUCUGGAUGAAAUGCCCAAGCAGUAUGGAGUCAAGCCACGUCUGGAGCAUUAUGUGUGCCUGAUCGAUAUGCUCGGGCGAGCUAACCUCCUCGACGAAGCUGUGAGAGUUCUCAGAGCCAUGCCUUUUGAACCGGAUGCAGUGGUUUGGACGUCCCUGCUCGGAGCCUGCCGGAAGUGGAAGAAUUACACGAUCGGCAAACUCGCGUUUGAGCGUCUUGUGGAGAUGGAUCCCAAGAGCGGCACGCCCUACGCAUUGAUGGCCAAUAUAUUUGGAAACCUGGGGAUGCUCAGUGAAAGGGCCGCUGUUGUGGAGAGAAUGAGAGGUGAAGGCAGCUUCAGGGAGCCCGGGAGAAGCUGGUGGACGGAUGUUUGCUCAGGAAAAGUGCAUUCUUUUUCUGUCGAGGAUAGGAGUCACUCACAGAGCGACGAGAUUGCGGCCAAGCUCAAGCAAUUGUUGCUGAGAAUGAAAGAGGAGGGGUAUGCGAGCGAUGUGAUCAACGUUCUAAAAGACAUACCCGAGGAAGAGAAAGAGGAUCACCUGUGCGGCCACAGUGAGAAGCUUGCGCUGGGGUGUGCUCUGGUGAACUCGCACCAGAAGGAGACCAUCAGAAUUGUGAAAAAUCUCCGAGUUUGUGACGAUUGCCAUGCGGCCACUGCUCUCAUCUCUAAGCUGGAAAAAAGGCUAAUCAUCUGCAAAGAUGCCAGUCGGGUUCAUGUGUUCCAGGAUGGCAGAUGUUCCUGUGACAACUACUUUUGAAAACAUGUCAGUGCUCUUUCUUGCAGUUA